GCUACCAGGCUCCUCAAGCCGCCGUGUUUGUAGUCGCGCUACGGCGGCCGGGUUGCCAGGUUGCGGGUUGAUAGGUUUCUCCUGUAAUCUCCCUCCAGCUAUUUCCUAGACCAGAGUUUUGCUGUGAAUCAGUUACUGGCGUGCUGCGUCAUUGAUUUCCCCUCAGCCUCUCAGAGGAAAGUAUUUAAGAAGCUCGUGGAGUAAUAGGAGUCAGAGUAAUAUAGGAUCUGCAGGAAGUCCCUCAAUAUAGUUGGAAAAGAAGAAUUUAUAGACUCUUCAUCAAGAUCUUCAUUUAUACAGCUGUUAAAUCCAAGCCUACUGUGGUGAAACCAUGAAUAAGAAUACGUCUGCUGUAGUAUCAUCCCGUCUACUUGAAAAGGAUCCUGCCUUUCAGAUGAUUACAGUUACCAAGGAAACAGGCCUUGGUCUGAAGAUCCUAGGAGGAAUUAACCGGAAUGAAGGUCCCUUGGUAUAUAUUCAGGAAAUCAUUCCUGGAGGAGACUGUUAUAAGGAUGGACGUUUGAAGCCAGGAGAUCAGCUUGUCUCAAUAAACAAGGAAUCUAUGAUUGGUGUAUCAUUUGAAGAAGCGAAAAGCAUAAUUACAAGAGCCAAGUUGAGGUCAGAAUCUGCUUGGGAGAUAGCAUUUAUAAGACAAAAAUCUGAUGGCGGUCAUCCAGAAAAUCCAUCGUGUACAUCCCUUUUACAAGCUUCAGGAGAGUAUGGACGUCAAGCCUCAACAUUCAGUCUUCUUUCUUCUCCCCCUGAAAUGCUAAUUCCAAAGACCUCAUCAACUCCCAAAACUACAGAUGCCAUUUUGCCUUCUUUUAAGAUAAAUCAGAUAAAAACCGGAUACAAGAAAACAGAACAGACUCCAAUUACUUGUUCGGACAACAGCCCUACAGAUAUGUCUGAUACAGAUAUUGCCUCUGCGUGGACUGAUAAUUAUGGACCACAAGAAAAGAAGAUUUUCCUAAAUCCCUGUGUUCGCCUUAAGACAGAGAAACUGGAAAUGGCUCUAAAUUAUCUUGGUAUUCAGCCCACAAAGGAACAACAGCAAGCCCUGAGACAGCAAGUGCAAGUAGACCCAGAGGGGACGGUGUCUUUUGGAGAUUUUGUCCAGGUUGCCAGAAACUUGUUUUGCUUGCGGUUGGAUGAAGUAAAUAUUGAUGCACAUGAUAUUUCCAACAUACUUGAGUCACAGCUUGUUCCCUGUGAUUCCUUAGAAUCAGAUGAAAUGGAAAGGCUUAAGCGUGAAAGAAAUGAUGCCUUAGAAGAAGUGAACACACUUAAGGAAAAAUUAUUUGAAUCAGAAAGGCAAAGGAAACAGUUGACAGAAGAACUCCAGAACGUGAAACAAGAAGCCAAAGCUGUAGUUGAAGAAACGAGAGCCCUGCGAAGUCGGAUUCAUCUUGCGGAAGCUGCGCAGAGGCAGGCGCACAGAGUGGAGAUGGACUAUGAAGAAGUGAUCCGUCUGUUGGAGGCUGAGAUUACAGAGCUGAAGGCUCAGCUGGCUGAGUCUUCUGACCAAAAUAAAGAAAGUGUUCAGGAGUUAAGAAAGAGAAUCACAGUACUUGACUGCCAAUUGCGAAAAUCGGAAAUGGCUCGAAAAACUUUUGAGGCAUCCACUGAAAAGCUUCUUCAUUUUGUAGAGGCUGUUCAAGAAGUAUUUUCUGACAAUUCUGCUUUAUCAAAUUCAAGUGAAAGAAGAGCUCUGUUAGCUUCUCAGACUUCCCUCAUGCCGCUGGGAAGGAAUGGACGUAACAUCCCAGCAACCCUGGCACUUGAAUCGAAGGAACUUAUUAAAUCUGUUCGUGCCAUCCUUGAUAUGGAUUGUCUACCUUACGGGUGGGAGGAAGCUUACACAGCAGAUGGAAUCAAGUACUUCAUCAAUCACGUAACGCAGACCACGUCCUGGAUCCAUCCCGUGAUGAGUGCACUGAACCUGCCCUGCUCAGAGGAGAAUGAAGAGGAUUGCUCCAGAGAACUUCCUGACCAGAAGAGCUGAUGGUCUUUUGUAGGCAGCUGAGCUCCAUGGUCUUCUGGCGUCUCAGUCUACUGGAUGAGGAUGGCUCUGCGGCACCUCCUAUUCUUACUAAAAUAGGAGUAAGAUACACACUAAUCUACACUACUUAUUGAAGUUGUGAAGUGGAGACUGGAUUCCGGCUAUUUUUGUAAAACUUUUUGAUAUAACUGUAUACAUUUACAAGCUCAAUCGCCACUACAGUAGUUCUUUAAGAAUAAUCUAGUCGUAUUUUUUGAAAUCAUUUGUAAUUAGAUUUUAUAAUAUGUAUGCUUUUUUCUUAUAAUUCUAUAUAUAGUUCUUUGUAGAGUAUCAGAUACAAUGGUUUUUAUAAUUAAGACUUAGAUUGAAAAAUUAUGUGAACAUGGUGAAACGCUUCAUGAAUUUGUAAUUCACUAACCUUUUGUAUCGUAUCUUAGGAAAGUGAUUGAAGCAAGCUUUCUGGGGCUUCUUAAGGAUCACAUUCAGACAACUAUCUCACAGGUUACUGAAUACAGGCUUAUCUCUUUAUGGGUCUUUCUAAUUUACAAAAUGCUUUUCAGACCCAGUUUUAUUUAAACCAUAAGAUAUGCCUGUGAGGCAGAUCCAGUGAGUAUUUUUAUUUUUGUUUUUCAGUUAGGGAAAUAGUGGUUCAGAGAAAUGAAGCACCUUAUCCUGGAACAGCUAAGUCUUCUGAUUCCAUGUCCAGUCCUCUUUCCACCGCACCCUGCUGUCCCUGCAGAGGGAGGUUACAGCCCCACACACGUGGCUCUGUUGAUGCAGCUGAGCUCCGCAGCUGUGCACUCCAGGGACCACAGAGAUUCAGGGGGCACCUCUUCAGUCAAAGAUGGCCCCCACAUAACCCCACUAUUCUCCUAUAAACUCUUCCCGGUUCUUCACCCCCACGUAGGAACUCACCACGUAGGAACACAGCUCUGUGAUGACAUUUCUGCAGGCUUCUUGCAGCAGUUCACAAUUUUGUAAAGUAAAGGGACUGGCUCACAUCUGGGAUUUGCCUUGCUUUGGUUGCGCUUGUCAGAGGGAGCGUUUGAGGGGAGUUGACGAGAAGAGGGGCGUCAGAAUCUCCUCUGCUAUCAAAAGAGACAUCCUUGAACUCUUCUGCUAUGAGUUCAAGACUGACCUCAUUAUUGCUGACUUAUCAUCCUCCAAACUCAUUAUACUUUUGCUCUUAUUGUAUUGUAAGGAUGCUGCUAGACAGUUUCUGGAAGGAAUGAGCCAUUAACUUGGAGAACUAAAGAUUUUCUCUCAGUUUAAUGAUUUAAACUUAAAGCUGGGAAAUGGGGGGUGGCGUGGGCAUGAAGUUAUUGUAAAUGUCCUGGGCAUUAGGUACCAGCUGCAUAAUAAAAAGGGACUUAAUCUUAUCCAAUGUUAUUAUAUUGUCAGGUAAUAUACUUAGGAAGACAGUGAGUAAGAAUCAUUAAUCAGAAUACCCCAUUCUCAAACCACGCCUGAUAACAUAGAGAAGUUAUAUUUGUCACUCUGGCCUCUUCUCUUCUCUUCUCUCCACCCCCACCACCAUCAACACUCUUCCUCCUCCUUCCCCUCUCCCCCCCCUCCUCCCCCUUUCUUCCCCCCUUCUCUCCCUCCGGCCUCACUUCUGAAAUACAAGUAGGAAAAAGGAACUCAGAACCUUCAGGUUCUGGAAGGAACUUUGAAGACACCUGAUUCAGUGAUUUUCAAACAUCGUUUGAUGGAAAAGACUCAUUCUUCAAGCGAAAUCUUAUGCAGAACCCCAAUAUAUGUAAUAGAUUUUUUAAGAAUAUUGGUGCUCAGCUUGAAACAAGAUGGAGCCUGGAGCCCUGUUAAAGCAGCCCCCAGCACUGCUGUGGAAACCUUGAGCUCCUUGGAACAUAGUGUGAGAAUCAUGGAUUAGAACCGCUUUAUAGGUGAGUAAACUGAGAUCCUAAGAGUUCACACCAUAAAUUAGUGGCCAAGUCAAGAUUAGACCUAGGUCCUAAGUAUCCUAGUCCACUAAAUUUCAUAUGGUAUGUAAUGUGCAUGUAUAUUGUAAAUAUAUGUGUGCAUUGUGCUCACCCACAUAUUCCUGAAAUUCCCCCAAAUUAUUUUUCGGUAGGAUGUAUAAUUUAUGUCUUGAAUAAUAAGGUAAAGUCAAAUCCAGGCUGAGAGGUAGUCAUGAGCCCUGAGAAAAGUUUCAGAUGGCUGGAAAGGACUUGUGUUUCACCUGACAGCUAUUUGAAUAUUAGAAAGCCUCAGGGAGACCUCUUUCCUUGUGUCCCCCAGAGGUGAGUGAGAUUCUCAAACACCUGAAGUUACUCUUACAAGUUAGUAUCUAUAAUUGUGAAAGUACAGACUUUUGUUGUUCCUGAAUUAAUGGUAUGAAAUUUCCCUCCUCCUACUGGGAGUGUUUUUCUCAUUUGUUUCCAGUGAGGCAAAUAGAGGAGAUGCUAGAGUCACUGGACUGACUCUAGAGUCACAUUUCACUGACAGACACCUCACAUGUUAACUUUGCUAUUUUUUGCCACUUUCCUGCCUGCUUCUGUCAAAUACCUCAUGGCAAGGUCUAUAAACAUUGUAAUAUUAAGUAUUUUGUGCUAUACAUUGUGAUGGGCAGUUUGUAUAUGUUAUUUCAUUAUCUUCUUAAAACAACCCCAUGAGGUAGAAACUAUAAUGACCCCAUUUUGUAAAGAAGAAACUUAGGUUUAGAGAGAGUUGCUAAUCUUUGCGUAAGGCUCACACAGCACCUACCUGUGAAGGCUGGGGUUCCAGGCAGGCCUCACAGAGCCCAUCCUCUUAAACUACCGUGCACAGCUGCUUAGAUUCAGGGCGUGUGAUGCCAGGGGCAGAGCUGGGGUCUGUGGAUCAGUUUUACAAAGAGACAGAUUCCAAUUCAGUGCAAUAAGGAACUUUCUGGUAGUUAGCACUCAAGAAAGAAUUCCCUGGGAGAAAGUGGAAGCACUUUCAGUAUUCAGUCAAUCUGAACUGAUUAUAGGAAUGUUGCUGAGGAGGUUCAGGGUCUGAAUUGGCUGUACUGUUUGAGCACUGUCUGAGAGUCCCUCCUCUUUAUGCUUCUGUGACCUCUAAACCACCAGAUAAAUGCUGUAACGGACACUCAAAGAAACGUAUGGUGGGGACUCAUUAGGAAUCCUCUCCCGUUGCAAAUAGAACCCCCAAAUUAUUUUUUGGUGAGUCAGCAUUUGCAUAACAAGUCUUUCUUUAAUAUAAAUCAACCCUAUUGACGUGGUCAUUGUAAACUCUUCUUCAUUGACCCACUGACUCAGAUUUUAGGGUUAGAAAAAUCUCAGUGUUCUUAUGUCCUUCCAUCUCAAUUUACUAAAGAGUAACCAGGGUUAGCCAUCCUUACUCAUUAAUUCUCAAAAUAUUUCCUGAGAACCAACAGUGUGCCAAGCAUUGUGUUUAAGCACUGUGGCAAGGUAGGGCAAUAGCUAGCCACUUCCUGGCUUCUGCUUACUGUUGGUUUUAAAGAAAAAAUCUUCUCAGGUGGCCAGAAUUGAACAGCUUCUCUUUAAUUUUUGAAUUUUAAAAAUAAUCUAUUUCCAUUAAAAAAUCAAGUAGUGUGGUACUGAAUAAAGUAAAAAAAAAAUCCCAUCUCACUUUCCAGAGGUAGUCAUCACUAAUACUGUGAUGAGUAUUUUUGCUCAAAGGAAAUCCUACUGUUAAGCAGCUUUCUUUUGACUUAAUAUAUUGUGGUCAUUUUUUCAUGUCAAUACGUAGAUUAAUGUUGUAUUUCAAAUGUUUGUAUAAAAUAUCACUACCCAGAUAACUCAUAAUUUGGGUAGCCAGCAAUCUAUUGAUGAACACUUAGGCUGUUUUAAGUUUUUUCUGUUACUAAGAAUGUCACAGUGAAUAUUUUUAUGUUCAUAUUCUUAUAUUCAUUAAAUCCUUUUCCUCACAUGUC